AUGUUGUACGAGCGUAUUUGUUGCUUUCGAUUAUUGCUUAGUGAAAUUUCUAAUCACAUUCUCACUAUUUGUAGAGUAGCAUCGCAUUUAAACAAAUUCAAUAAUAGAAGUCUUAUUAAAGCCAUCGAAAAAGGCACUCGACCUAAAACCGAGGUUUCAGUUGAUAACUUUAUUUCUCGACAUAUAAUUGUGGAUUACCUUAAAAAUAUUCUUCAACCGGACAGUGAUCAAUCGUUUUAUUAUGUCGAUUGUGGUGAACAUGGAAGUGGGAAAACUACGCUGGUCAGAAUUGCAUCAAGUGAAGUUGGUCGUGGCGUCAUAUACGUUGAUGUUCCUUCUGAUGUUGAAGAUUUUGGCUUAGCAUUUGGAAAAGCUCUCAACUUUGCAUUUGAGGAGCGGAUCUCUUUUACACAACAGUUAACACGGAAAUUGGGCAAUACUAAUGGCAACCGUGAUGAUCUAUUGUGGAAGAGAGCUCUGAAAGCAUUUAAACGUGGUGCCAAGGAGUAUAAAGCCAAAUACAAUAAACCUGCGGUCAUCGUUUAUGAUAAUGUGAGCCGGUUGGUUCAUAAGAAUCCAGAAAUUCUUGAUAUCCUCCAAGACGACUCCAAAGACAAUGCCGAUGAUAAUAUAUACAUUGCGGUGUUUGUCAGCAGUGAAGGUUCGGUUUCGAGAAUAAUGGAAUCUCGUAGUUCCUGGUCACGAGCAAAGACACCAAUGGAAAUCGGUGACCUUAGCGAGGAAGAAUCAAUAAAAUAUCAGACUGAGAUAUAUAUGAUCAUCGAAAAAGCGGAAGAAUUAUAUCAAUUAGUUGGUGGACGCAUUUUAGAGUUGAAAGAUGUUGUAAGUGAUUUUUUGUCAAAACAAUCCAUUGAAGCAAAACUACUUAAAGGUCAGGAACACCAUGAGGCAGGAAAACGUAUAAUUGACGCUUUGUUGAACUCCAAAGAAAUUAGUAUUAAAGAAUUUAGAGACUUAUUCGCAGAUGAAAAGGAACACGGUGGAGUUUUAGAAGCUAACGUGUUUGCAUAUAAUCCAUCAAGAGAUACCGUGAGUUUCCAAUCGCAAUCAAUAGAAUAUUACAUUCGGAAAAAUUAUGAUGAAUUUGCUGAUCUAGUUAGCCUCAGUUCUAAUUACGCAUCAACUUCCAAAUAA